AUGCACGGGGAUCCCAACGACACCACCGUUGACGCACAGGAACGCAUCCAAGCGAUCGCCGCCAUCACGACGAACUGGGGUCAAACCUUUUCCUCCAUGCAAAACUGGAUGCACGACAACACUUGGCUGAAGGGUGAGACAGAAAAAUUGUCGGAACAGACCUGCGAGAUGGACACUAUACGCGCAUUCCGGACUCUGUCACAGAGCACUCAGAACUGGGGCCAACAAGUCAAAGACCAAAUCCAACAGUAUUACCUGCUAAGAUGGAACAACCCGACGAAGAAGACGCCCAUAGGGACUACAAAGGAAGAGAAAGAGAAGAAUCUGCGCGAGGACUUGGCCAAACUACGUGCGGGGAGGUUCAUACCGGAAGCGAAUUGGAAAGAGAACAACACGAAGAGACCGCGAGUGGGAGAGAUUGGUGGGAAGAAGGCGAAGCCAAGGAAGAAGUCGAAGAAAGACGGUAGUAGGGAAGAGCGAGACGAAGACGAAGAAGAGGACGAGCCUCACCCACCACCCAAUCCUAAGCCCGCGACCAAACCAGUCAAUAUUGGAGCGGUAAAUGAGAUCAGACGAAGACUAAGAUCGCAUGGACAUAAUGGUGCAGAGGGAGGGGCAACGCAGACGGGAAAGCAAAAGAACAACGCAAACCAAGCAGAGGACGACGACGCAGCAAGCAUUGCAAGCGAGCCACCCCAAGCCAAAACGAUACGCACUCCUGAACAACGAAACUUGGCUCUCUCCGACAUAUACCGAAACUGGAAGAUCGAUUCACUGAACCGAGACUUCCCAGCUAUGCUACGCGGAGCUGAUCUCAAUGCCGCAAACGACAAUGGCAUUGAAGAUGUGAUCGUUGAGCUACUUCGCGACUUGUCCAACGUUUCUGCUACAAAAGAGCAAGCCAACGCGAUCAAAGAAGAACUGCAGCUGCGCUUCAACAAGAUGAAGGGAUAUGAUUUGAGGGAGGUUCAUUUUGCCAUCACAACUACUGCUCAUAACUGCUACUACGCUUCGGAGUCAGGGACGGACUGGCCUGAACUAUCAGGCGAUGAGGGUGAUACGAAUGAGCAAGGCCCUCCGCUAGAUGUAGCACCACCAGCACCACCAGCACCACUAGCGACACGACCAGACAGACACCAACGUUAUGCCGCACGAAGCGAUGAAGCAUCGCUCGAACUGCAAGCAGCCUGGGAUGCAGUGGUAGUCGCUGAAGCGGCGGUGAGAGUCGCGCAAGACAAGCGUACUCGCGCUGCUUUCCAGGGCGAGACUGCAUACCAGCAAGCGACUCGCCAGUUGAGAGUUUCUGAAGAACAGCUUCGUGUUGCUGAGGCAUAUGCAUGUGCGAGGAGUCUUGGAAUAUCGCAGAGACUGGGUGAGACGGCUGGACCGAGUAAGGAUGGGCGCGGGCAGAGGCCGAGUGGUGAUGUCGGAGGUAUAGUGGAAGAGCAAGGACAGCACCGGCAAGGGGGAUCUGGGGAGGGUGGAGAUGACGAAGGUGAUGAGGAAGGAAGAGUGGCCUAG